AACUAUAUAUAUAAUAUUUCUUCUGCAUAUAAUUUUGUUGUGUACACAAAAUAAUGGGAGAGAAAGAGAAAGUUGAAGGUAUCAUCACUGCCAUUUACAAACUAAAUCUUCAUUGUCAUCAAUGUUGGAGAGAUAUCAAAAAACCUCUUUCAAUAACACAAGGUGUUCAAAAUGUUGAAGUUGAUAUGGAGAAAAAUGAAAUUAGGGUGAAGGGUUCAAAUUUGGAUGUCCUAAAAAUUCAGAAGCAAAUAGAGAAGUUGAGCAAGAAAAAAGUUGAAUUGAUUUCUCCCAAAGUGAAGCCCAAAGAUAAAGACCCUCCUAAACCCACUGCUGACAAACCCAAACCAACCAUUGUCAAUCGCACAAUAACAGCUAAGGUUCACUUGCACUGCCCCAAAUGCGAGCAAGACUUGAAGAACAAGUUGCUAAAGCAUAAAGGAAUAUAUAGUGUGAAAACAGACAUAAAAGCUCAAACCCUAACAAUGGAAGGAAGCAUCGAAGCAGAGAAGUUCAAAUCUUAUUUGAAGAAUAAGCUACAAAAACAUGUAGAUAUUACAGUGGAUACGAAAUCGACUGAUUAUUCAUCGAAGUCGACGGCGGUAGCAUCGGAGAAGAAGAAAGAAAGUAAUACUGAUCAAAAAGAGAAGCCAAAAGAAAAAGCUUCAUCUGAUACAACAACAACGACAACUACUGACAAGACGACUAUUGUUGUUGCAGAGAUUCAAAGUAAAGAGAAUAAUAAUAAAAAUGAUAAUGUCCCUUAUUUCAUUCACUAUGUGUAUGCUCCUCAAUUGUUUAGCGAUGAAAAUCCAAAUGCAUGUAGAGUAAUGUAAACUUGUGAUUAACUGUUCUAUUGUUUUGUUAAUUUCUUUCCAAAA